CAAAUUAAGAGAGAGAGAGAGAGAGAGAUAUAAAGCUUAGCAAUUACCCAAAACAAAAUUAAAAUGGUGAUAGAUAGAAGAGUUAUGAAAUGGUAAUGGUGAUGCUGGUGGUGGUCGCCUCUCUCUCUCUAUACAUAUAAAUUCAUUGAUUCUUUUUCUCUUUACUGUUAUUUUUUUGUUAUCUCUGAGGAAAAAUCUUUUCUUUCUCUCAUUGAAGAGUCCGCCCAAGAAUAGUUAGAUAGAGAGUGUUGUGUGGGGAAGGAGGCAGGCAUCUUUCUUCUUCUCUCUUUCAUGCUUGUUUUGUGUUAGCGUUUAUUGCAACCCUUUCCUUUCACAUUGCCUUUCUUUAUUAUCACCAUCAAAAUCAUAAUCAUAAUCAUAAUCAUAAUCAAACCUCACCUGUUAUUUACAUAUAUACAUACAAACUUAUCAUCUCCUUUGUCUCUCCAACUUCUCAUUUAUAUAAUCUACAAUGGCUGUUCAAGCUCAAUACCCAUCCAAUGUUCUCCUUCUAAACAGAAGCGGCCAAGACGGGCAUGAUUAUUCAUUGCAACCACAACCCGGAGGUGGAGGAUUGUUUCUUGAUCAAUCAUACAUGUCUUUCAACAAUGGAGGAAGUAGUAAUAAUCCACGCAAAAGAAGCAGAGAACUUCCCGCGGCUGCCAAUACAAACACAACUACAACAACAUCUCCAAUCAAUCCCUUAUCUAUGCAAACUCAACCUCCUCAACUUGUAAACCUCUCCCAGCUCCACCACCCCAAUGUCGUCUCCACCGGACUCCGUUUAUCUUUCGGCGAUCAACAACACUUGCAUCAACAAACUCAUCAUCAUCAACAACAACAACAACAGCAUCAGAAUAUUAUAAGCCAGAGUCCUUUCUCAUCGUCUUUAUUGUCAGAAGAUUUAGCCACUCAAAUCAAACGCCAGCGCGACGAAUUAGACCAAUUCCUCCUAGCUCAGGGAGAGCAACUGCGGCGUGCAUUAGCCGAGAAAAGUCAGAGGCACUAUCGCGCGCUGCUGGGCGCGGCAGAGGAAUCAAUAGCCCGACGGUUGAGAGAAAAAGAUGCGGAAGUCGAAAAGGCCACGCGGAGAAAUGCGGAGUUGGAGGCACGUGCCGCGCAGCUUAGCGUGGAGGCACAGGUUUGGCAGGCGAAGGCACGGGCACAGGAGGCAACAGCUGCGUCGCUACAAGCGCAGCUGCAGCAGGCGAUAAUGAAUAGUGGUGGGGGCGGCGGUGGAACGGCGCAGGAUAGCAGGAGAGGCGACGAUGGGCUAAUGUGCACCGCGGAGGUCGUGGAGGAGGCCGAGUCAGCUUAUGUCGACCCUGACCGUGUGUUUGAUGGGCGUUGUGGGGGGCCAUGUAGAGGGUGCCGAAAGGGUGGGUCGGUGGUGCUGUUGCCGUGUCGGCAUCUUUGUGUCUGUACAGAAUGUGGGGUGGUUCAGGCGUGCCCGCUGUGUUUCAACAUGAGAGAUUCGAGUGUUGAAGUUUUUCUUUCUUAGGGUACAAGCCAAACCGCAAGCCCAGGAUGAGGCCCAACAAGAAAUCACCAAUGGUAAAAAAAAAAAAAUGAAAAAUGAAAAU